GCAAAAUAAUACCACAAACUCAACUGAACUUCAUGUUUAGCAGCAGAAAAGAAAACAGCUCGUUGUUAGUUGGACAUUUAAGAUUGUUCUGAAGGAGUAAAGGGGCCCAGUUCACUAAAAUCCAGUGAUUCAUUCCAGGGACAAGUUGGCUCAUGUUCGCGUGUGAACCUGACACCGCAGGACCUGAAGCUUCUUUCCAGCACUCGCUGAAUGUUUUUCUACUCAAUAGGUCGUGUUGAGCUCCAGCUCCUCAAAUGAGGAAACUUUAGAAACACAGAAAUACUUUGUGUUGUGGAGAAUAUCAUGGUCAAAGUGAUGAGUCUCUGCUCCGCCGCGAGGACGCACAACGCUCUGGGCUGGGUUUCAAUCAUCUGGUUCACUUCAGCUGUCAGCAUCUCUGGCAGUCAAGUGGAUCUGCAGGUCGAACCCCAGGUGGAGGCAAAGUGUGGAACAAACGUGACGCUGACAUGUGAAGCAACAUCUCGGCGGACCUUCGACAUUAUAUUAUUUUCCUGGGUGAAUGAAACUAACGUUAUGUGUUCAUAUGGAAAAGAGCAGCCUGACCCUGAGUUCCCGUGUGAGCGCUCUCAACACAAACUCGCUCUGACUCUCCACAACGUGAUGCCGGCCAACAAGGGAAAGUACCUCUGCAAACUACAAUCCAACGUGGGAAUAAGUGGCGCCUCCACUUUUGUCACAGUACGAGGUUGCCAUGACAAAUCUGGUUACUCCAUCAAUGAGUCUCAUGCUGAGUGCUGGUUCACUGGAGUCUAUCCCAGCGGCGUCGUCCACUGGUUCCAGGGAGACGUCAACUUAACGGACUCAGCGAGGACACGGGAAGAGGAGGACGGACAAGGACUGUUCAAGGUCCUGAGCGACUUAAACGUGGAUGAACGAAACCUGAGCCUGCCCUACAAGUGCUCACUGUGGAUACCGACUGACGGGAAGUACCUCUUGAGUCAAAAGACAACUAGUCCGGAGAAGAUAAGGUCGUCUGGAAGCCCGGUCACACUUCAGCGGAUCUGUGUUGUGGUUUGGUUGGUUUCUUUUCUUGACUGCAUUUGGAAAAGUUGAAAUAUGAAAUAACCACGAGGUGUCGAUCCAUGUUUAUAUGUGUGGCGACCAAGUUUUUUUUUCCACUGGUUUUCUCAUUUCUUGCAUUUGAGCGCCGAUCGUUCUCUCCGACAAGAUGAUGAAGAAAAGUCUUGUGUUUAGAUGUUUGAUGAAAACGAUUGAGCUAAAUGAAUACAUAGAGUAAUACACAGAGUAUAUUACACGAAUACGUGAGUUUAUUAUAACACAGAUUUGAGCUGAACCAAGAAGCUUGAAGUACAGUUGAAACAUUUCAGUUUAUAUAAUAUAGGAGCCAAAACAUUUCACUUAAUUAGCAAAUAUCUAAGUUUAUUUGUGCAGCACAUUUCAACAACACGGCAAAUCAAAGUGCUUUGCAUGAAAUAUAAAAGGAGUAAAUACAAAAAAGAAGCAUUUACAAUUUAAAGGGUUACAUAAAAAAUACAUUUAUCUGCAGAGGAGGGAGCGAGUGGAUUUGUGGUCUUCUUACAAUCAAAUCCUGCACAACUGGAAGUGAACGCUCAAACCAAAUCACCCACUUGAUGGCAGCAGAACAUCGACUGCAGAUCAGAAACAGGAGCAGGGGGAGCGGGUGUGAGACUGAACGACCAGAGAGACUCAGAACAUUGACUGGAACUGCUUAAGAAAACCACUGUUUUGCAGAUGUACAUUUUUGGCUUUUGGAUUUCAGAUACAUUUACUUGUAUUUUCUACUCACUUGAACCCAAAAAUGAUCAUUUAGAUUUCUUCCUGCUGGCCAGAAAGAGGCAGCACAUUAUGUGGACUCACAGCGAGAGGGUUCCCAGUUUGAAUUGGGGAUUAGAUUCACUGGAGACUCUAAAUUGUUGUGGAUGAUUGUUGUUUGUCUGUGUGUUGGCCCCAUUAAAUAAAACAGAAAGACUACAAUACAGAUUUUCUUAAGUCAAUACACUGGUGAUACAUUAGCAGUGGUGGUUCAGGUGUAAGUACAUUAACUGAGGUAUUUGUACUUUGAGUGAAUUUAGCUGAAACUGCACAUUAGGCAUGUGCAUCUUCAUCAUAGCUACAUUUCACAGUGGAAGUCUAUCGUUGUUUGUGUUGUGUUAUGAUGAAAAGAUCCAGACCACUGAGAUCUCUGGAGGAAUCUAUGUUUAUUCUCUCCCAUGGAGUAUAACUGCAAAAAGGGCAAACACCCUGUUACCAGGAGAGGUCAACACAAGUGAACAUUGGGGUGCAAACGUUGUCAUGACAUGAACUUUUAUUUUGUCUUUUCUAAAUGAGUGUGUGGGUGUGGGUGUGGGUGGUGUGUGUCUUGGAUGGUGGUGGGGGUUUGUACUUAAACUUUAUUUUUUUACAAUGAGUUAUGCAUGUGCACAGAAUGCAAUAAACAAAACUGUUUGCAGAUUGGAAUCAUGUGGUGUGGUAUCAUAUGUUUUUCCUGUCCCUUCUUGCCUGGGUUCCCAAAUUCCCUUGACACGUCCCUGCACGUGAGAACCAAGGUGUCUGGACGGCGGAGCGAAGCCGUCUCACUGAUUCCAGUAUUUCUGCUGAGCUAAGCUAACAGGAUGCUUCAUGUUUACUGUCUGGAUUAGUGAGGUGUUAUGCAACUUGUAUCCAAGCACAAAAAAUCUAAUCAUGUCAAACUCUUUUUUAAAUACCAUCAUAAUGAGUCAGAGAGAUUCUCCUCAGUUUCAUUUUGUUUCGUUUUAGGUUUGUUUCCAGAAAUGGAACUUUUAUCCACAGAACCAUAAUUAUGUGAAUAAAACUCGACCUGUUUUUAUCUGA